CCCUCAUGGACGCUGGAUCGUACUCCUGGCAGAGGCGAACGAGCGCAGACGGGGAUUCCCUCUACACCCGGCCGCUGGGCUUGACGGAACUGGGAUUCUACUGGGACGCUCAGUUCAACGGCACUGCUGACAUCGUCACCUCAGACACGGUCAAGGUCGUCGGUCGGACAGCCAACGCAGAGGAUAUAUUCUCGCGCAAGAACGUUCACCGUGCAUGGACUGCCCUGAAGCGGCGGUACCCUCUCCUUGGUGCUCGAAUCGUCUCGGACGCGAGGAAAGAGCAGGUGGACUUUGAAGUCUCCCAACAAAUCUGGGAUAGCGAGAAACCCGGAUUCAGUGGUGUCGAAGACCCGACCUUUGUCACCAUCGGAUCCGCUGCAGAGGCGUACGAGUUCGGGAACGCGCUCAACAAUGGCCCAAGGCAACUCUCGGACGACCUCCUCGCCCGCCUGUACAUCCUCCGCCAGACGGACGAACCUGGGGUCUACCAUGUCUUCUUCCACCUCGCGCACCUGAUCAACGACGGCAUGUCCAACGCGGCGCUCCGGAGGAUCAUCCUGGAUCUCCUUGCUUCGGGAGACAUAGAGUCCAUCGAGGCGGGGUGGGAUCUGCGCUUGGAAGAGCGGCUGGACAUGGUCAGGGCAACUGACUCGUUGGACCCAAAUUGGCGCCUCAGCGCUCCUCGUAGAAGGUGGCGGAGAGUGAUUGGGAGGGUUAUGGCCGAACGAAGGCAGAAUGCAUUGAAAGGCGGCCACACACUUCCUCGCAAUGUCACCCCUUCAACGGCCGCCACACCGGCGAAAUCAUGCGAGACCCGCAUAUCCCUGCCCUACGAGCUCUCCUCCCGCAUCAUCUCGACCUGCCGCCAAAAUCGCAUCACAUUCGGGCACGCCCACCCCGUCCUCGGGCAGCUCGCGCUCUCCCGCGUGUUGCACCGGCUCCGUGGGCAGGGUAAAAUAUCCGACGCAGAGUGGGAGACGCGCAGGCGCCAGCCCAUGCACAACGGCGGCCCCGCAAACCUGCGCCCCUUCCUCGACCGGGAAUGGGUCGCGCGGGGCGGGGACUCGGAGGCCAUGAUCGCGAUCAGCUUCUACUGGAAUACGCUGCCAUUCAUGCCUUGCGCUGCGGAUGGAGAUGCCAACCCGUCUUUUGAUAAGCUUCUGAGCAGAGAGCGUUUUUUCUACCGCUGCCGGAUGAUGAAGGCGCAGUCGGACGGGUUCUUCAGGCACCCGCUGUUCUUGGAAAUCGCGAGUGCCCGGCUACCUGGCCGGAUCGAAAGAGCGAGAUCUGGAACACUACAGUGGAUGGCAAAGGAGGGGACCUUGACUAAGGAGCUCGAAGAAGUUCAUCGCAACGUUUUCCAGAUCCAAAAUGACGAGUCGAAACGUGACCGGGGCGUAUUCUCCGACGCCCUCACAAUCACGCAUGGAGGUUCGCCUAUAGGGAAUGUCGAUCAAAUCACUCCGUUAGAGUACCCUCUCCCACGAAUACACCCACUAUCGUCCCGCCAGAGAGUACCAAAGAUACAACCGGGCGCCCCAGCCACGGACGAAUCCGCCGUAAUCCUGAAGGUACUCGACGCACGCACUCUUCUACACUGUCGCCCCACUGAGCUGUAUCUGGGUGCCGCCACUUCACGCAAAAUACUACAUCUGAAUGUCUUCUGGGAUGGCAACGUCUAUGACACGGGAUUAGUUCAUGAAUGGCUGGACGAGGUAAAAAAUGCUGCCGUAUGGUAUCUGGGUGGCUCCCAGGCCGGAAAAGAGCUAGCCAAAUUGUAAUGGUGUAAUAGUUUGGAUAUAUAUGCAUUGC